GCAUGAGAGCGCCAGAAAACAAGCUUGAGCGGGUGAUGCUGGAGUCUCCACUGGACAGUACGGCGUUUCCGCUAAUCGGACAGGAGUUAGAGGGCAGUAUAAGAGGGAAUUUGAAGAGGGAAAUUAGCUGCUAUGUUAGUCUGAAGAAACUACGCUCUGAUAAGUCUGUAAACCUGAGCCACAUUGGAUCAUUUCAUUCAUUCAUUCAUCCAGCAGCUGAGAAAGUCUUCCCAGAUGGAAGUUGAGUGUCUAACACUGAAAGACCUCACAAGUCCCCGGAAAGGUUUCCCAGUGGAUCCGGAGGAGGAUGGGGGCCAAAGUGAACAAAAGGAGAACAUCUGCACCACAGAAAAGAGAAGAUCCACGCCACUUAAGUCUGCAGAGUCCACCAUCCCUGCUUUGCUGAUAAACCGAAAGGGGGCCACGCCUGACCUGGCCCACAUCACCCCCAUCAAACACACCACCCUGGCCGAGCCCUGGACGCCCACGGCCAAUCUGAAGAUGCUGAUCAGUGCCGCGAGCCCAGACAUCCGGGACAGAGAGAUGAAAAAGGUGCUGUUUAGACCCAUCGAGAAUGAGAAGGACCAGCCAGGAAGUCCAGACACUGUGGCAGAGGAUACUGAGGCCGAAGACUCUUGUCAGUUUGAAGCUGUGGAGGAAGAGGAAGAUUCUGACAAAAAGCCUAGCAGGAAGCAGAAGAGUCUGGGUCUGCUGUGCCAGAAGUUCCUGGCACUCUAUCCUGAUUACCCACCGCUACACAGCCCCAUCUGGAUCUCUCUGGAUGAGGUGGCGACCAAUCUUGGAGUGGAGCGGCGGCGUAUCUACGACAUUGUCAACGUGCUGGAGUCUCUCAUGAUUGUGGGUCGCAUAGCCAAAAACAGCUACACCUGGUACGGGCGGCGGCGGCUGGAGGCAACGCUGGAGGAUCUGCAGCGGAGGGGGCGGCAGCAGGGCUACCACCUCCAAAUGGAGCUGCCCACCGAAGCCAGGGAGGCUGCACCGGGGCGCAAGGACGAUGGAGCAGAAGGAGAUGCUAGCAACCAUGGUGGCAACAGGAAGGACAAAUCCCUGCGCAUCAUGAGCCAGAAGUUUGUCAUGCUGUUCUUGGUGUCCAAAACUCAGACCGUAACUCUGGACGCAGCAGCAAAGAUCCUCAUUGAGGAGAGUGACUCAACCAGUCACAGCAAGUACAAAACUAAGGUGCGCCGACUAUACGACAUCGCAAAUGUGCUGACCAGCCUGGGCCUCAUAAAGAAGGUCCAUGUCCGGGAGGAGAGGGGCAGGAAGCCAGCUUUCAAGUGGCAUGGCCCUGUUGAAUUCAAAAACUCUGGAAAUACUGCUGGAGGAAAUACUUUGAAUGUGUCAGCUGUCAGUCUGCCCGAGGACUUUAGAAAAGCCAAGAUGGCACGACACGCAUCGUUCAACAUUGCACCUAAUUCUGUGGCCAUACAGCGGCUGGUCAACUCUGCACCCAGCAGUCCACGACGAGACCUUAUGGGUCAGCUCAACCAGCUUGUUGAUUUCUCCAAAGAGACUAGAAGCAACCUGCAGUUUGGAAACAGCACUAAUAACCGUCCCAACUGCCAAAGCCGCAGCAGCACGCUGCCUCUGGCCUCCACCCAGCUGGCACCUUCUCUCCAGCCAGAACACCUCUUUGCACCCAUGUCCUCCCCCCACUGCUUGGCCUACCUGCCCAGCCUGUCCCAGCCCUCUGUGGUCAUGCUGUACAGGGCGCCAGACAAGCCUGACCAGAUGCCUGAAGGUUCGAGAUCGCCCCGGCUGGAGGCUGAGGGGGGGAGGAAGAGGAGGAGGGAUGACGAGGUGCCACUGUUGAAGAAGAAAGGAAGGUCUGGGUUAGAGGAAUGUGACCAGAUGAGAGCCGAAGCUCACUUUGAAGCAGCAGAUUGUUCACAGACGGGUCACACUAGGACUUCCCCCAGUCACCCAGCAGGCCUCUUUACAGAGCGGACGCUGACUGAGUGUCAAUGCAGCAACAGCAGCAGUGAGCCUGCCCAACCAUCACACUACCUCUAUGUACCGAACGACGCAGGUCUAAAUAGCCUCAACUUCCUCCUUUCUGCUGGCCAGCCACCAGCCGGCCUAGCACUUCCUCCCAGCAGUGUUCCCACCCUGGCACUGCCCUACGUCCUGGUUCCCUCUGCAGCCCUCUCCCACUACCCCCUGGUGGCCAACGCUCUACAACAGCAAGGCUCCAAGGCCCAAACCAACCUGAGCUUUAGCCUGCCUGCUGUGAUGUCACAGGCCCACUUUAUGGUGGGGGCGGCACCAUACAGCCUGGCGGCAGCAGAGAUCAGCACGUCACCUGUUCCAUCACCAUCCACUCCAGAACAGAGCCGGCUGUAUGGAUCAGCAGGCGCUCCACAUUCUCCCUCAGCGCCGCGUCAGACAGUCAGUAUCACCGCACCAGAACCACUGACCCCGCUCACUCCCAAGGAAACCACGCCCUCUGCCUCUAAGGCUUUCUUCCAGACCCCGGGAACACUGGGAAGUGUAGUCAGCGCUGCGCCAGCUGGCCGAAGAAGAGGGUCGGCACAGAGGAGACUGGACAUCAGCCACCCCCCCACCAGUUAGACAUGCGAGGAGAUGGAAUAAGUGGCAAACGUGCUCGGGUGUUGAUCCGACGGUUAGAUAAAUGUUUUCUAACCACUGGUGCUUUGUUAGUUUAUUUAAUUAAUGACCGGUUUUCUUUCCAAAAUGCAGCAAUAAAAAAGAAAAAGUAUUUAGCAAAACACUGUUCCAAGACCUAAAAUUAACCAUUUCCUAAAAUACAAAACUUUUUUUUGGAAUGCGAAGAUUAGAAGAUUUGAAAUUAGGAUUUCAAAAUGUGCCUCAUGGUUCAGUUAUGGGACACCAGAUUUAAGAGGGAAUCUGUAUUGCCAAUGCCACAGUGCCCUCUUGUAGUGGGCCACUGCUGUGUUUUGUACUUGAGCCUUAAUUUCCCCUCCCAGACAUGAUCACGCUACCUAAUUCCCCACACCUUGUGUAUUAAACCCCAAUUGCUCUUUAUAUUUUAGCAAAUAUGUUGAUUACAGGGACUGUAAUGUAACAUUAACUUUUUUUAGCACUAAGUAUCUCUCUGAUUUGAAGUGAUUGUUAGUUGGCCCUUCAGGUUUUGUUACAUUAUCAAGGUGUAAUAGGAAAUCUAUAAGCACCAAUUGAAAUUAGUGCCGUGGCAGGCAAUGCCAGGACUGGUACUGUAUGGAGAAAAUCACUAAAGCCUUAAAAUGUUUACAGCCAGCCAAGAAGUUUAAGGAACAGUUCUUGGACUUGUUGAUGCAUCCAUGGACUGGUGCUGUGUUUGUUUUCACUGUAUCUGCAACCAUAGUGCUUAAUGGUUAAAAACCAAACCCUUGAGCUCCGUUACUGACGGACUGUCCUUAAAUUAGACAAUGUGACGUGGCAAUGACCUCAGGUACGUGAAUACUUGGAUUUUGAAGGGAUGUCGGAGUACUGUAAAGCUUUUUUUUAAUCCUAAUAUCAGGGAAAAGAAGACUGACCUAUCAGUCAUACAGUCAGACACAUUUGGGAGACCUCCAGUAUGUGUCGACAAUCCGCUGUUGGCGGGUUCAGUUGGGGGUUGAGUCGUUUUGCUUUGCCAGACUCUCCUCCAAAGCAUGCUGAAGAAAGAAGGUCUGGCUACUCCACAUGGCAUUCGGGGAUGG